AUGGCUGCACAAAAUAGAUUCUUUCAAGGAGGGUGGCAUCAGGUGAAUAGGAAAGGGAAACACUCCUUUUCAAGUAACAAGUGGGACAUCAUGAAGAAUGCGUCUGAAGGAAGCAUAGGGGAGGUUACUUCGUUCUUUAUAACGGAUUUCGAUCACAAAUGGAGAGCAAGAGACCUGUUUUUUGAAUUCAAGGAUCUGGGCGUGGUGGAUGAAAUUGUUAUUCCACCUAAGAGGGAUUGGAGAGGCGAAAAAUACGGUUUUGUGAGGUUUGUCAACGUCGUUAACAUCAGGGUGCUGGAGACAAAGCUGAACAAUUUGUGGCUUGAAGGGAGAAAACUGAAUGCAAAUGUGUCAAAGUUCAAAAGGAAGGAGUGGCCUGGAAAAGCUAUUACGUAUCACCCUUUCACCAGGGGCUCUAAGGAUGGAGCAAACGGCGUAGUAAAUAAGGGAGAUCAGAGAAGGAGUCAGGCAACAGGUGGGGAACAAAACAUAGAAUAUAAGGUGAAGUUCAACUCUUAUGCAGAUACCCUGAAAAACAACUUUCCGACGAUUGCAAAACAAGGGGGAGCCUCAAAAUCAGAAUCAAUUCACAAAGCCCCAGAGGAAGUUAGCUAUAAGGAGACCAUCAAUAAAUCGUUUUUCUUUAGGCCUAAUGAAGAGGAAAAAGACCGUUACCGUAAGGCAUGGGUGGGCGUAGCGAAAUAUCCAGGCAUGGCUUUUGGCGUGAGCGACAGCUUAUUGGUUGAAGGUUUCUUCUCCGUCGCGGCAACACCAUUGGGUCCGAACCUCUACCUGUUGGAAGAGGACAAAGAAGGGGAUCUUGCAACGUUUUUGUCAAAGGAUGAGGAGUGGAAGGAGCGUUGGUUCAAGGAGGUGUUGAAUGCAGAGGUCAGAAGAUGGCAACCAACUGAUGUGGAGUGUUACAGAUCUGUUUGGGUUUCGAUUUACGGUAUACCAUGCUUUGUUAGAAACAGAAGAUUUUGUGAAUCACUGCUUUCAGACAUUGGGGUGGUGGCAAAAGGCGACUGUAUGGAGGGGAAACAAAUCAGAUUGGAUGUUACAAGCUUGUUGAUUUUCACAAAUCUGUUGGAUACCAUUAAUCGGAAGGUUGCGGUUUCAAUAGAGGGUGUUUGGUACGAUAUUUUGGUAAAGGAAGAUGUGACGGUUAAGGUCGGAGACAAGGAAGAGUCGUGGGCCGGAUCUGAGUUCUCAUUGGAGGAGGCAAUCACGGAUGGCAAAGAGAAGGGAGUUUUUUAUCAUGAGAAUAAGGAUGGAUCUCCAAAUGGGCCCACCGUUAUUGGGCCUAAAGUUAAUUCUUUGGUGGACCCAGUUAACGCUAAAGACAAUUCAGCGGUUAAACCUUUAUGGACGGUGGAUAACUAUGUUUCACCACAUGGUGAUUUUUUUAAUUCAAAGUUAGAUGAAAAAGGAGUGGGACCCAGGCAGGAGACAAAAGAGAAUAUUAAGGUCGUAAAAGAAGGCGCCAUGCAUGCAGAUAUUGGGGACAGAGUUGAAAAUAAACCCCUGAGCUUCGAUGAACAGUGCAAGAAAUUGAAAAAUUCUAAAAAAGUUCGAAAGCAGUUGCGAGAGAUUUUUGACUUAGGUGAACGUGUUGAUAACUUUGUCUAUCCGGCAGACUUGGUUUUUUUGAUGAAUUCUGGCAAUGAGUCUAGAAAUUUGCAUGGAGGCUGCUCGGCGGGGAGGUCUAUUUCAAUCGACUCACUCACCAAUUCUGAUGUGAUGAAUUGCAUUGCCAGAGUUAUUAAAAGAACUUUAGGAAAUAAUUCUGAGGGUCUGUGGAAAUCAAUGAAUAAUUUGGGGAUUACAAACUCGUCUGUGUGUUUUGAGAGGUGUCAAAGAGGGGGAGGCUCUCAAGGUGAUGGAUAA